AUGUUCAUGGAUUAUCAUUUCGAUAAAAUCUUUAACUAUUUAACUGUUAAUAAAUUACGUGCAACAUAUGCGGCAGAGGACUUAGCAACAAUAUCAUCAGCGAAAUCAUUAACCGAUUUAUAUCCUCAAUCACAACAACAACAACAACAACAACAGCCGCAAUAUAAAUUAGAAAUUGAUAAUAAUGUCAUCGUAACAAAUGAUUCAACAGAUACCGGUAAUACAGUACAACCAUCAACAUUAUUAACUAGUUCUGGUAUCAAUAACGAUCGACGAGUUUUUUUUCAAGACGAAUUACCUGAAUCUACUACAACCCGAUCACUACUACCUACUGAGAAAAAUUAUUGA